CGGAGGUCACAGCGUUCUCUCCCACUCAUAAUAAAAGGCAGAGGUGCCCCCAACCCUGGCACCAGUGUUCUACAGAGGAACCAUGAGUGGGUGGGUGCAGAGCUUUCUCCUCUUGGUGGCCGCCAUCCUUUCCUCUGCAGAGGAGACCUGCCCAGAUGUGAAGGUGAUUGGAGUGGGGGCUUCAGACAAGCUGACCAUUCUGCGAGGAUGUCCUGGGACCCCUGGAAUACCGGGACCCCAAGGGCCCACUGGUCCUGCAGGAGCUAAAGGAGAGAAGGGAUUCCCAGGGAUUCCGGGGAAGAUGGGACCCACCGGGCUGAAAGGAGAAAAGGGGAUCACGGGGCCAAAGGGGCAAAAAGGUGACAAGGGGGACCCCGGAAUCCCAGCUGCGGGGACGGCACAGAACUGUAAGGAAUGGCUCGACCAGGGAGCUUCAAUCAGCGGCUGGUACACUAUAUACAGACCCAAUGGGCUCCCCCUACCUGUCUUCUGUGAUAUGGAAACCGAUGGAGGGGGCUGGAUAGUGUUCCAGAGGCGCAAGGACGGCUCGGUGGAUUUUUUCCAAGAGUGGGACUCCUACAAGAGAGGGUUUGGCCGACAAGACAGUGAAUUCUGGUUGGGGAACGAGAAUCUCCAUCUCCUCACAGCAACCGGAAAUUUCCAGCUCCGGGUGGAUCUGAUGGAUUUCGACAGCAAUCGCACAUUUGCCUCAUACAGCAACUUCCGUAUUGGGGGGGAGUCUCGGAACUACACCCUGAGUCUGGGGGGAUUCACUGGAGGAGAUGCAGGCGACUCCUUGUCCGGCCACAAAAACCGAGAAUUCAGCUCUAAGGACAGAGACAAUGACUCCUCCCCCACCAGCUGCGCAGAGAGGUACAAGGGGGCCUGGUGGUACUCCGGCUGCCAUACGUCCAACCUGAACGGACUCUACCUGGGGGGCAAACACGGCAGCUUUGCCAAUGGGGUUAACUGGAAAUCAGGCGGGGGGUACAAUUACUCCUACAAGGUGUCAGAGAUGAAGUUUCGGCCCCAGCCCUAAGGAGAUGGCUGGGGAACCUCAAGACAGGAAACCACUAUAUAACCUACUUCCCCUUUAACUAGGGGCGGUGCCUGAAACUCAACCUGAGCUGCUGCUGUUCCUCUUGGAAGGGGAUAUUUAUAGUCUUGGGGAUAAUAACUCUUCUCUCUGAGGAUUGGGGGCCUUUCCUUCUUCCCCUACUGCUGAACUAAUAGGGGGGGAAUGUAAUAGCACCCACAAUAAAAUUAUCUUGUUGUAGUAACCCAUAGCAACCAAUCAGAUGUUUGCUUUCAAGUAUUUGAGCGGUAAAUGCCCUGUAUUUAAUGCUGAACUUUUUUUCAUUAUAUCCCUUUAUGGGUUCUCUCUGUUUCCAAAUAACAAAUAAAUUCUAUUAAUUAAAAAAAAAA